AUGCCAAUGAGUUUAGGACCGUAUUUCCUUGAAUUGAUUGGACAUAAUUAUAGUGCUCUAAAUGUUCAUUACUGUGAAAGAAACGCUAAUGAUGACAAUAAUACUGACAAUAAUAACAGUAAUGUAACAAAUGAAACACAAGAGAUGAUUGUUGUUGAAAGUAGUGAAUAUGAAGAAAGUGAAACAUUAUCAUCUACCACAUCAACUGUAUCCUCAACAAAGGCUACAAUGUCUUCUGAAGACAACAAGAAUCUUUUAGAAUCUCAAUGGCCUAAAGGUGAUUACUGUGUUAUAUCUACAGCGAAAAAUUAUCAAUGUCCACCAGGUCUUCAUAGACAUGCUAGAGCAUUCUCAGAACUUUGUUGUCGAACGGAUAAUAUUAAAAAUCCAAAACCUGUAAAAUGGCCGUUUAUUGAAGAUUUCUUUUUAUUUGGUGGUGAAAAGUGUCUACCAAUAGAAAACACCCAUGUAGAACGAUAUUUGGUACGUCUAGCAUCUGUUUCAGAGUCAAAACACGAAGCUCAAUGGGAUGUACUUUGCCACUAUCUGCCUAUAUCUUGGAUGAAUGAUACCCUUGAAUGGCCUGAAGGUGAAUAUAUGCUACCUAUAGGAAGACGAUCUGGCCUGCGUACAGCAUAUGCAACAAAGGUUUAUCCAAACUUUGAAGAAUAUAUGUCAAUGUCCACGACGACGACAACGACAACAACAACAGAAACAACAGGAUCUGGUGAAAUGAAAGCAUCUACUUCUAUCACAAAUCUCCGUGACAGUAGUACUAGUCCCAAUGGUGGCAAAUACCAGUGUCCUGAGUCAUUUGAACGUAAACGAUUUAUAUUUUCAAGUAGUGAAGUAGAAAAUCAAAUAAUGGCAGAUCCAGAUACAAAUACAACAAAAGCAUUUAUUAUUACCGCUCAGGUUACUAUGGAAUUCUGUGUACAUAUUGAUAAACAAGAUAGUAAAACAAAGAAAAAUAAAAUUUGGCCUGCUGGUGAUUAUUGCAUAUUUACAAUGAAUAAAAAUUGUCCAGCUGAAAUGCAGGCUACUAAAGAGAUCCCUUUGAAAAUUCCACGCUUUUUCUUGAAAAGUAUACAUAAUGUAACAGCCAGUGGUGAAAUUCUUGUCAAUAGUCAUUGGCAUGAAGAUGCUGAAAAUCAUAUUGUCUACUUUAUGCAAUGCUGUCGAGAGGAUAAACAACUUUUACUACGUUUACCAUUAUCUACUGAUGGCUUCUAUUUAGCCACUAGUUCUGGUCUGUGUUCAAGUGUACCAGGCACUGUGCUGGACCGAGAGAAAAUCACAACUUAUCUAACAUAUCCAUUACACAGUAAUAGUAAUGGUAAUAAUAAUCAUAAUAAUAAUAAUAACAAAGGGAAGUCAACAAUGUUCACUGAGAAAGACAUGCUGUUAUAUCGUGAGGCAAUAGCACAACGUGAAGGUCUUCUAUACUUAUGUUAUUAUCAUCCAGCUAAAGGAAUUGAUUAUACAACAUCAAUUCUAGGCAGUCGUUAUGCGACAAGUCAAAAUAUUUCAGAAAAAGAUGUGGAUGAAAUAGCUAAACUUUGUGGAUGUGCACCGAACGCAUUUUGUAUAUUAAAUAAACAAGCUGAAUGUAUAUGUAAGCCAGGAUAUUUUGGUGAUGGUAGACAUACCUGUGAACCGAUUACACCGUUAACAGACGAAUGCGCUGAUUUAUGCGAUCCACAAGCUGUAUGCGUUGAACACUUGGGUGUUAGUAUGAAAAAGAAACAGUUAUUCAGUCAUAUGUGUAUCUGUCGUCCAGGAUUUAUUGGCGACGGUUUCUCUUGUAAAUCUGACUGCGUUGCACGUGAAUGUCAACCGUUCAGUAGGUGUAUACAUAAUAUACCAAAAGGCAUCACAGAAUGUGUUUGUAUCGAGGGUACAAUACUUUCUGGAACACGUUGUCAUUUAGAUGUCUAUAAAACGCUAGAACAAGAAAAAGAUUUACCCCAAUUCAUAUUAGAUCAUGACCAUUGUCUUUCAACAGAAACUCAGUCGGCUUUAAGAACACUAAAUCCACCAAAAUACUUCUACAUAUUUGUACCGUCCAAUAUUGUUCGAAGUUGUAAAGAUGUCAAAGAGCAUAUAGUUGUACGAUCGAAACCAAUAACAACCAGUGAACUGAAUGGAGCAACAGCUAAAUCACCGAUUAAACUUGUCACUGAAAAUAAUACUGUGAUUGAAAUUUAUCCAAUGAAUGGAACAUUGUCUAUCGAUGGAUUUAUAGCUCAAUUUGAAACUGUAAAAUUUGUCAACGGUGAAAUGUACUACUUAUCUGGUCCAUUAAAACGUACAGAGUAUGUAUAUAAGAUUGAAACUUAUAUUAUCAUCCUGGUAACUAUUUCGAUAUUGUUAAUAUGUGGUCUGAGUACAUUAGUGAUAUACAUAGGAAUACGAAAGUAUCGAACAAGAAGUAUGCAACAAUUUCAUCGUCUUCCAAGACAGGUGUUUGUACAUCGAGCAUUUUGGAAACAACAAUCUGAUGAUGUUCUGGUAGAGGAAACAGAAGACUGUCCUAAUUGA